AUUAGAUUAUAUUUUAGGAACUAUUUUUGUAAAAACCAACAGGACUUUUACCAUGAAGUGGGGACGAAGCAAAUCAAAUCCAAGACGGAGGUCCGAUAGCAGCCUGGACUCGAAGGGAGAUUCGGAGGACGGCGGCUUGGACCCGCCACCGCGAAAAAAGUCUCGUACUUCAAUAGAAGCUACGAUGCAAGCUAAUGGCUGUUCUCCACAGCUACAGCAUAAAGAGAAAGAUGAACCUAUUACAAAAGGUGAGACACAGAUCAAAACUGAAGCGAAUGGCGAACUGGAGAGAAUAUUCAGCAAAACUGACCAGGAUAUUGUCAGGUUAAUUGGACAACAUCUAAAAAGUAUUGGCCUUCAGCAAACUGCUGAUAUGCUUAUGAAAGAAUCAGGUUGUCGAUUAGAUCAUCCUGCUGCUGCUAAAUUCAGGCAACAUAUUAUGGAUGGGGAAUGGAGCAAGGCUGAUAAUGAUUUAAAUGAACUGAAACCUCUCCUUGAGAAAUCAUCUAAUAGUUUAUCUGAAAUGAAAUUCCUUAUACUGGAACAGAAGUAUUUGGAGUUUUUAGAAGACGGUAGAGUUUUAGAUGCUCUUCAUGUUUUGCGGGAAGAAUUAACACCUCUUCAACAUAAUACAUCUAGAGUUCAUGAAAUUAGCAGUUUUAUGAUGUGUGGAGCCCCUGAAGAACUCAGAACAGUCGCCCAUUGGGAAGGUAAAGGGGAGGUCUCUAGGGCACACCUAAUGGAUCAACUCCAACAGUUCCUACCUCCGUCCAUUAUGCUUCCUCCUAGAAGGCUCCAUGCACUUUUGAGCCAGGCUGUUGAGCUUCAGAAAGAGAAAUGCCCUUAUCAUAACACGAAAAUUGAGGAUGGCAUUGAAAACAUAUCCCUCCUUGUUGAUCAUCGGUGCUCAAGGAAAGAGUUCCCAUGCGAAACUAUUCAAGUCUUGAAUGACCAUUGUGAUGAGGUGUGGUAUUGCCGAUUCUCUCCUGAUGGUCUCAAGCUUGCAACAGGUUCGAAGGAUACUACCGUAAUUAUUUGGGACGUCGAUCCGGAUACACUAACAUGCACCCAUCGUAAAACCCUUGAGGGACAUUCCUAUGGAGUUGCUUUUCUGGCUUGGUCUCCAGAUGGGUCUCACUUAAUAGCUUGUGGACCUGAAGAUUGUCCAGAACUUUGGUUAUGGAAUAUGGAAACUGAGGAGUUGAGAGUCAAGUUGUCCCAUUCUCCUGAUGAUUCUCUCACAUCCUGUUCAUGGCAUCGGGACGGUACACGCUUUGUGACUGGUGGCAUUCGUGGACAGUUUUAUCAAUGUGAUUUGUCUGGAAAUGUAUUAGACUCUUGGGAAGGUGUACGGGUCAAUAGUUUGUGGUGUAGAUCUGAUGGAAAGAGCGUACUUGCUGCUGAUACUCACCAUAGAAUUAGAACUUAUAAUUUUGAAGAUCUCUCAGAUGCUAAUAUCCUCCUUGAGGACCAGCCUGUGGUUACCUUUUGUGUGAAUGACUCAGAUCGUCUUGCACUGCUGAAUGUCGCUACUCAAGGUGUCCACUUGUGGGACUUGGAGGACCGUGUCCUUCUAAGAAAAUUCCAAGGAGUUACUCAGGGUCAUUUUACAAUUCACAGCUGCUUUGGAGGCCUUAAUCAAGAUUUCAUUGCCUCAGGCAGUGAAGAUCAUAAAGUAUACGUUUGGCAUAUUAAAAGGGAGAGACCAAUAGCAACAUUAAGUGGUCACACAAGAACUGUGAAUUGUGUGUCAUGGAAUCCAGUGUAUCAUAAGAUGAUGGUUUCUGCCUCGGAUGAUUGCACUGUAAGGAUAUGGGCACCUGCAGAUAUGCUCAAGCGAAGUGGAAGUGGAGGAGAAGGGCUGAGCGGAAAUACUGGAGGUGCUGAAGAGAGUUCAAGUAGCUGUUCUAAUGGCCAUUCAUCUUGGCAAGCCGACAUGAGCUCUUACCGAACCGACCUACCUCGGCAGCAUUCUUUCUUUUUCUGCCUCCUUGGAAAUCUUAGUUUGUGAUUAAAUCCUACACCUAGGAGUUGAGAUGACACCCUGAGCAGGUAAUUGAUUGGCACCUCGGAAAAUAAAAUCGAGUGGAGUUAACUCUUAAAACAUAACUGUAUAAAUUGUGAGCGAUUAUAUGCACAUGCAUUGUUUUACUGUAUGAAGUAAUAAAAAGAAACUUUUCUAAUUACAAUCUUUUAAUUGGGGGGUAUCUUUUAUUUAUUUAUAUUGAGAAUCUGUUUUCACAAAAGUAACAUUGCUUUAGAAGUUGUUAUUAACAGUCGCUUGAUAGAAUUGUGUGUAUAAUUUUCCGCCUACUUAUUGAUAGAUGAUGAAUUUGCAUUUUGUGUGAAAUGGAUGAGGUGUUACAUUUAUUUAUUUAUAUAAUUUUAUGAAAAUGUUUCCUGAUAUAUUUUUGUUAUGACAUAUUUUAUGUACCUUUAAAUUUGUUAAAGAUGUAAUUGCUAAUUUUUGAACCGCAUUAUCACCCUUUUGAACACCAUUAUUGUCUUUCCAUUUAUUUCAGUGAGUACUUAAUAUACUGCCAUAUCUCUCUUGUCAUAAAAUAAUCCUGUCGUAAUUGUUCCACGGCAGACCUGUUUAUAAUCCUCUCUAGUCACUAUUUUUUUGAGAGGAAUACCCUCUUAAUGUUGCAAAAUAUUUUUUAAUAUUAUUUUACACUAAUAAAGGUCAAUGAAUUGAAAUAAUUGAUAUUAUUUAAGUUCACCGAAAUGCUGCUUAAAUUAUAAAAUCUGCAGUUGCCUUUUGUGUAAUUGUAGUACCUGAAAAUAAUGAUUGUUGUUUAUUUAACCAUUAGUGCUUUAAUUCUAUGCUCAGUUUUACCUAUGUACAGUUAAAUUUAUUUAUUAAGUAUGUGAUAGUUUGAAAUCAAAGGUUUAAAAAUACUAUUGUUUUUUUUUUUUUAAAUAAACCAACCAAUAUGUUUUACAAAUGCAUGAAGUUGGUCGAUUCAUAUUAAUGUUCAAGUGUUCUCAUUAUAAUUUAAGGUUAGUUGGAACAGCCCCUUAAGUUUAUCCCUUUUGUUUCUUGUUUUUAUGAUGCUAGUUUUUUUAAAAUUUAAUUUCGAACCACUAGUUAGCUCAGAGAGAUUGUUGUGAUUAAUUUACAUUAUUGAAUAUUAAUGAUUUUCUAAUGCUCAUCUCAUGUGUUUGUACGAUUUUGUAAAUAUAUACAUAUAUAUAUAUUUUGAUAAAAUAAUAUUUACAAUUUUAAUAAUAUAUAGUGAGUAAAUUUUAUUUAACAAUCAGUUUGUGUGUUAACUGAAAGAAUUUUAUUUACAUGUAAACAGCGUUUGUAAGUUUGUGCAGAGCAAUAAGGUUUCUAGGAUCGGUAGGGAUAAAUGCAAAAGGGCACAUACAUAUUGUAAAUAAAUUUAUUAUAGUUGUAAAAUUAUUUAAUGGUUUAAGAUAAAUGAAUGUAUUUUCAGUUGUUUUCUCUAUUUGUAUAACAUCUUUAAAAUAUAUACAUUUUUAUAAUAAAAUUGUAUUUCCUGUUUUUAUAUCAUUAAUUUUUAUAUAACCAUUUUAUACUUAAAAAAAAAGAAGAAAAAUAAUUAAAAUCAGUAAGAAAAAAUUAGAAAAUGUAUUAAUCAGAUCGACACUUGAGAAGUAUAUAAAUCCUGAGCUAAACUAAAAUUUAAAAUUCAAUUCUUGUUAUGUUAAAAAUUGCAGUUGUCUGGAAGUGGUUCACUUUCUAGGCUAAUAAAAAGUUCUUCUGGACUAUCAUUUUUUGUUUUUUCAAAAACCUUUGCUGAUAUCUGUUUUAUUUUUAUCAAUAUAAUGAAUGUUAUUGUAUUAAGUUAAUUUUAAAGCCCAAAAUUAUUUAAUUGAUUAAUGAUGUACAGGUCUAUUUUAAUGGACCUUACAUUCCAUAAUAUGUUUCCAUAUGGAAUCU